AUGGUCGUACCUCUUGGCCCCGGCAAGUUCUACGGCAGCAGCCUCCCCCGCCCCCGUUUCUACACCGACGUCAAGCUCAACACCGACCGGGUCGACCCGCCGCCCCCAGUCCUCGAUCCGCUCAUGUCCUGGGCCGAGGAGGCCCACUGGUCCAUGGGUGGCCUCAACUUCAAGCGCCGCCGCCUCCAGGGCCGGAUCGAGGGCAACGUCGAGCGGCUCCGCGCCCAGCGCGACCAGAUCUCCGUGAAAUCUCACAAGCGCCGCGGAUCCGCCGGAGAUUCGCCCCCCAAAAGGUCAGGUAAAGACGACGGCGCCGCCCGGGUAAGCAAAACGCCUUCUCCCCCGCCGCCUCCGGUGGCUCUCAAACGGCGUCGGGUUGUUGGGUUGGUUGAUGAGGACGACGAGGACGAGGAUGCGCCGCCGGCGAAGAGGGGUCCAGUGAGGAAAUUGGGGGACGAUUUCGAGAGGGUUGCCCGGGAGAGCGGCAUUGGCGCCGCUGCUGUUGCCGUGGCGGCGAGGACGCGGAGUAAGAAGGUUGAGGCGGUUGCGGGUGCUGAAGAGGGUAAACUGAAGAAAAAGAGGAAGCUGGUCAAGGGAGGCGGAAAGAUUGGGGCGGCGUUGGUCACCGCCGCCUCUGGGAUCAGAAAUUCGCCGCGGCUGGCCAAGAGCGGUGUGUCUGCUUAG